AUGAGCGCCAACAAGGCCAACAUGGCCGUCGUCUUCCCGGCCAUUGCAUCGGGAAUCUUCCUUGCCGCGGCCGACGGGACGAUCGUGCUGGUCAACUACGCCACCAUCUCGAGCGAGCUCAACGCCCUCAACAAGGCCCAGUGGAUCGUCACGACCUACACCUUUGUCGCGGCCUGCUUCCAGCCCCUCUACGGCAAGCUAUGCGACAUUUUUGGGCGCAAGAACUGCCUUGUCACCGCGUAUAUCUUGUUCGCCACAGGCUGCAUGGCCUGUGGCAUGUCGACCACCAUUGAGGGACUCAUUGCCGCGCGCAUCCUCCAGGCCGUGGGUGGAAGCGGGCUGGGUACCGUCAUUAGCAUCUUGCUCACAGAUCUCGUCCCACCCGAGGACCGUGGUGUGUGGCAGGGCCUGCUCAACAUCAUGUAUCUCUUUGGUGCGGGCAUCGGCGCACCCGUGGGAGGCUUCCUCGCAGGGUCGGUGGGCUGGCGGUGGUCCUUCAUCGGCCAGGUCCCGCUGUGCGUGUUGGCCAUCUUCGUCAUCUCGUGGACCUUGCACGACGACAUGCCCACGCACAAUGACAAGCAUGACCCGUCCUCUGCGUCCAGCCAACCCUCCAGUACUCUCCUUGCCAGACUUCGCCGCGUCGACUUCCUCGGCGCCAUAGCCCUCGUCACCACCAUCUCGUCGUUCCUCUUCGCCCUCGACCGCGGCGGCAACGUCUCCUGGUCCGCGCCGGAAUGCUACGUACCGCUCAUCGUGUCCUUCUUCACGGGCGCGCUGUUCCUCUACGUAGAGACCAAUAUCGCCGCGGAGCCCGUGAUGCCGCCGUCCGUCAUACUCAGCCCGGCCCUGCUCCCCGUGUACGUCUCCUCGUCCCUCGCCUUCUUCGCCAUCAUCGCCCUCGAGUUCACCCUGCCGCUCUACUACCAGGCCCGUGCGGGCAUGUCCCCGCAGGCCGCGUCGCUGUUCAUGAUCCCCGCCAUUAUAGCGGGCACGAGCUGCGCCCUUGUGACCGGGUUCUGGAUGCGCCGGACGGGCCAGUACUACCGCGCCCUACUGUUCGCAUGUGCGUGCCAGACGGUGGGCGGUGUGGUGGUGUUCCUGUUCUCCGGCCCAGUCAGGGAGCAGGCUGCCGCGCUGGUUGUCGGACACGUCGUGUCUGAGCUCGGAGUGGGCAAUGUUGUCGUCUCGGGCUUGAUUGCCGUUAUCUCACUGGGCUCAGACUCGUCCUCGGCACUGCGGAUCGCGGCAUACUACUCGCUGCGCAACAUGGGCUCCGUGCUCGGCGUCACCGUCGUCUCGACCAUCAUCCAGCAAGGCCUGCGCGACCUGCUCACCGUGGAGCUCGCCGCCCACGGCGUCGACGUGGACAAGAUCGUCGACGAGGUGCGCCACAGCCUGGGCAACCUGCGGCACCUGGAGCCCGAGAUUGCGGACAUCGUCAGGCGCUGCUAUGGCCAGGCGAUGAACAGGGGUUUCUUGCUGAUCCUCGUGGCCGCGGCGCUGACCUUCGUCCCGGCGGCGUUUAUCAAGGGCGGGAGGGAGAAGAGGAAGAAGGAGGAGACUGGUCCGGAGUGA